ACGCAGUUUCUCAAUAAUUUGAACAUCCACCCGAAUGCCGACGACGCCCACCGCACCACCCCAAAGCCCACAGGAGGAAGACCUAGCUAGACACCUGACCUAGGGUUUCCCUUCCUUGGUCUCCUUCUCCAGGGCCGGGAGGGAACCCGUCCAUCUCUGAGAGCCGAGAUCGCUCCAUCUCCCCCACAUGCCGCUCCGGGAGGGAGCCAAGCGUGUCUCCAGCGCGCGCCACUAUGCCCCCGCCGCGCCAACACCCGCGCCCGCGGGGGCACCCGUCCCGCCCCACCGCCCGCCGCGAUCUGUCUCCGCCGCUGGCUCCAUAUCCACUGCCUCCGCCCGCAAGCCGCCAGAGCCGCUUCGAAGGGCCGUCGCCGACUGCCUCUCGCCGCCCGCCCCGCACACCCAUGGCCCAGCUGCAGCCGCCGCUUCUGCCACCGCGGAGGCUUCACGGACGCUCCGGGAUUAUAUAGCCAACCCUUCAACCAUGGAUAUGGCUUAUAAUGUCCUCAUUGACCAUGCACUUGCAGAAAGUGAUCGUAGCCCAGCAGUUGUUCCGAGAUGCGUGUCAUUGUUAAAGAGAUAUCUUAUCCGGUACAUUCCAAGGGUGCAAACUCUGCGACAAAUUGAUCUGUUUUGUGCGAAUACGAUUGCAAAAUGUGAACCGAUGGCAAAUAAUAGAGCAGCAUCUUUUGCCAAGAAUAAUGUAUCAGCAGCAGCUGCAAUAAAUUCUUCAUCCCUUGCCCCACCAAUAUCCAACUUUGCUUCAGCAUCUCUUGUGAAGUCUUUAAACUAUGUUCGCUCAUUGGUUGCAAGGCAUACUCCAAAGUUGUCAUUCCAAUCAAUAGUCGCGGCAAAGCAGUCACUUCCUUCACUUUCAUCAUUUCUGAAUAGGUCCUUACUUUCUCAACUAACUCCAGAAGUUAUUAGCAACAGAGAACAUCUUGAAUCGAAGGAAUGCCAUAGCUCACCUGAUUUUAUAUCAUCAGCAAGUGAAAAAGUUGAUGUGGGUGAACCUGUAGAUGAUAGCAAAUAUAUAUCCUUCGACAUUUUAAGCUGGCGAUGGCAUGUGUAUGGCGAACGGCAGUCGUCCUUAUCUGCCAAAGAAAGAAGCAGUGAUUUUGUGGGUCUUCAAGAUUUUCAUAUACAUGGUUUUCUUGAAGUCGGUGCUGCAGCUCUUCUAGUUGGGGAUAUGGAUGCGAAAAUUAAUGAUCAACAGUGGAAAUAUUCUGUUAUCCAGGAAUUUCCAGAUAUUGAUUUGUUACAACCUUCAUCUUCUGCCGCAAGUACUUUUGCGUCAUCACAAAGUCAUUUAAAAGCAAUAACUGCUUCAAAACGCAUGAGAUCAGCUCCAAAUCAAGUCUGGAUGAACAUACCAAUAAACACAUUCCAGCCUCGAGCACGGCCUCUUUUUCAGUACAGAUACUACAGGGGAAGGAAAAUAAUAGUUGCCAAAGGCACUUUGCAUAUCCUCUGUAUAUACUGCAGUUUGAAUUUCAUGUCUUGUUACGAUAUGCCACAAUUAUGUCUAACAAUGUAUUUGCGUCUUGUCUUGCUCAUCAUGUUACCUUCUUUUACUAGUGAGCAGCAACCCUUAAGAUUGAAUCCUGCUGAAAUUUCUGAAGUCAUAGCUGAAGUUUGUUCAGAAGCAACUUCAAAUGCAAAUCAGUUGAUUGUUCCAUCAAGAUUGAGCACCCAGAGUCGGCAACCUUCAGCAGAUGUGGCAUUCAGUGUCCUUAUCAAACUUGUCAUUGACAUGUAUAUGAUGGACUCCGAGACUGCUGCUCCUCUGACACUUUAUAUGCUUGAGGGUAUGCUGAGCUCUCAAAAGUCAUCAGCCAGAACGAAGGCUCUUGAUUUGAUCCUAAAUCUGGGGGUACAUGCACACCUGCUGCAACCUAUGGUUAUUGGAGAUGCGCCGCUUAUAGAUAAAAGUGAAUCUGUGAACCGUUCUUAUCUGAGCAAUGAAUACGGAUCAAGUAUAAAUGAACCGAGGGAAGCAGAACCUGAAGUAGAACAGAAGAUCAGUCCUGCUAUUGAUCAAUUUGAAUCAUGGCUUCUUAAAAUGCUUUUUGAGGUUCUCCUUCUCCUAGUACAGAUAGAGGAGCGACAAGAGAUCGUGUGGGCCUCAGCUUUGAGUUGUCUAUUUUACUUUGUUUGUGAUGGAGGAAAAAUUAUCAGGAGUAGACUGGGAGGUCUGGACAUAAGGGUGGUUAAGACUCUUCUUGAGAUUAGUGUGGAGCACUCUUGGGCAAAAGUAGUGCACAGCAAGCUCAUUUGCAUGUUAUCAAAUAUGAUGUACCAAGUAUCAGAUUUAACUCAGAAUGGUGUUUCUGACACACAUUUUGUUCCUGAGCGGAUUGAUCUUCUUGGUGGGAUUGACUACAUUUGUCUUGAGUAUUCACGAGCCAACUCAAGGGAAGAGAAGCGGGAUUUGUUCUUUGUCAUUUUUGACUACGUAGUGCAUCAAAUAAAUGAGGCAUGCUUGGCUGGUGGUAUUUCAACCUAUACUUAUGAUGAUGCCCAGCCCCUUGCUUCCCUUCUUGCCUUUGCUGAUGCUCCUGAGGCUUUCUACAUAUCUGUGAAGCACGGCGUUGAAGGCGUCGGAGACAUGCUAAGAAAAGCUAUAUCAGCAGCAUUAUCUCAGUCUGCUCAAUAUGACCAAUUGAAUGUGCUUCUGGAUAAGGUUAUGAGGAAACUUGAUGGAACUGCCAGCACAUUUUCCAGGAUUGACAAUGAGUUUUCUUAUAUGAUCCAAGUAACGAAAUCAUGCAAGUGUUUUGGCAGCAUUAAAGAUGGAUGUGAUGAUGCUGAUGUAGCGCUUAGAGCCAGGCUUUGCUGGGCAACUUUGCACUCACUUCUUCACUCACAUAUUUCAUCAUAUAGGCACCAUGGAUAUAUUUGGUUAGUUGAAUUGCUCCUUUCAGAAAUCAGUGAAGAAACAGAUGGUUCUGUAUGGUCUAAAAUCCAAAAGCUUCAAGAGGAAAUUGAAGUUGCUGGUAGCCAAGACCUAUCAUGUUCAGAAGUCUCUCUGCCUGUUUGUAUGCUUUGUGGGCUUCUAAAGUCAAAACACAAUUUCAUUAGGUGGGGAUUCCUAUAUGUGCUGGACAAAUUUCUUAUGCGUUGCAAAUUAUUAUUGGAUGACAAUGACAUGCAAGACCACACAACUGCUGAUCAUAAUAAAAAUUGUCUUGAUAAAGCUUUUGCGGUUAUAGAUAUUAUGAAUAGUGCUUUGUUACUUGUUGUUCAAAACAAUGAGACGGACCAUAUCAACAUAUUAAAGAUGUGUGACAUGCUGUUCUCUCAAUUAUGCCUGAGAAUUCCAUCCACAAAUGCGAUGCAAGUUAGGGGUCUUCAGUCCCUUGGUCAACUUUUUGGUUAUACAUCUAAGAACAUCGAUAGUCAUUUGGAAACCCUUGCAUCUCACCAAAGUAUUGGAAAUAAGAAUAUUUGCCGGAGUGAGACAUUGCAAGAUAUUGGCAUAGAUCAAUCUGGUCAAUCCACUUCUUUCUGUGAAGCAUCAAUGGCAGCACUGCUUCUGAGAGGGCUCGCGAUAGCCCCAAUGCAGCUUGUAGCCCGUGUACCAACCUCUUUGUUUUUCUGGCCAUUGAUACAGCUUGAAGGGGCAGCCAGUGAUGACAUUGCAUUGGGUAUUGCUGUUGGUAGCACAGGAAGAGGCAACCUUCCUGGUGCUACAUCAGAUAUCCGAGCAGCACUCCUUUUACUUUUGAUCGGUAAAUGCACAGCUGAUCAGGAGGCACUGAAAGAGGUAGAAGGCAAUGAGUUCUUCAGGGGUCUUCUGGAUGACACAGAUUCAAGGGUAGCAUACUAUUCUGCCGCUUUUCUUUUGAAGAGAAUGAUGACAGAGGAACCAGAGAUAUACCAACGGAUGCUUCAAAGCCUCAUCUCAAAAGCUCAACAGUGUAACAAUGAGAAACUUCUGGAGAACCCAUACCUUCAGAUGCGUGGGAUAUUGCAGUUAUCAAAUGACCUAGGAGUUCAAUGAUAAGAUCGUGAUGACAUUUCAAUGGAUAAAGCUCUAAGUUAGAAUCACUACUUCUGGCUGUGUUUAUUGCAGAGAACCUGAAGAUGUUCCGAACUAAGGCAUUUUUCUGCAUCCUGAACAAACUUAUUCUCUGCUCUAUGGAUGAUAAUUGCAAUCUCAUGCUCGAAGAUUAAUUUUUCCUAUGCAUCUGUGUUGAUGGACCAACCCUUUCCAGUAUCCUGCCACUUCUUAUGAUCAAGAUUAUUUUGUCGUUUCUUAUGAUUGAAAUGCUAGGCUACCAGAAUAACAUUCUCCAUAGUCCCUAUUUGUACUAUCGAGGUUACUAAUAUUUCUUGUUUGUAGUUUUGCAGAUGCUAUGUGAAUCAUGUAAAUUAUUGCUUUGGCCAGAUGCAUGUACAGAUCCAUGAAUUUCUUUAUUCUUUGUUAGACUAGUCACAGUCCAAGGGAGUCACAGAUUAACAAGAUAAUCUGAUGAUCAUCCUGUGUUAUGGACACAGUGCAUUGUGGUUUACCAACCUGGACGACUUGACAAAGGUUUAAGCCAAGGUGGCGUAGAUGUGACUCCCUACAAUUUUGUAUUGCAGAAACCGUUGAGAUCUGAGGCAAGGCAUUAUAUAUAUUUUUUGGGCGAGACAUGCUCGGUUCAAUAAAUAUUUGUGUGUUCGCUUUGCAUAUAUGGUAACUGAUCAGAGGAGUGUAGAUUUGUAUUGCGGAGUAACAAUGUAAAUGUUAGGUUUGAAUAUACUGAUUUCGAGAUGAUGUAAUCCUUCUAUACUAGCUUAGCUUCCAUGUUGGUUGUUUAAUUUCGAUAAGAGGUUGUUUACUUUUAUA